GAUUGUCUCAAAGCCUGCCAGGAGCAGAUCGAGGCCGUGCUGCUUAACAGCCUGCAGCAGUUCCGCCAGGAGCAGCGGGAUGGAUCCAAGUCAGAGGAUGAACUGGACCAAGCCACCACCCCUACAGACGUGCGGGACAUCGACCUGUGAGGAUGCCAUCUGGCCCUAUGAGAGAGGCGUCUCCAUCAUCUGCUCUCUCCUUCUCUCUGGUUAUGUUUUGUUCUUUUGAGUUGAAAAAAAAAAAAAAUUCUGCCCCCACCUAGAUCAUAUUUAAAGAUCUUUUAGAAGUGAGAGAAAAAGGUCCUAUAAAAGCAGAAUAAUUAAAAGCAUUUGUUGCCUAUUCAAAGUACAACAUAAGGGAAUCCCUUGUAUAUGCGAACAGUUAUGUUGGAUCAUGUAAAAGUUAUAGUAAGAUGCUUACAGGAAAGCCUGCAGAGUAGCGAGGAUAUGUACGCCUACAGUAUGAGAACAAGUUAGAGGAGACUCUGUUUUUUUCAUGUUGUAAACUACCACGUACAUCCCUUUUAGCAGAGUUGCAAGGAACUGUGUACGCCAUUUAUGGCAUGAUUAGAUUGCAAAGCAAUGAACUCAAGAAGGCUAGAAAUGAGAAGGGCAUGAUGGGGAGGGAGUACAAAACAAUCAGUCAACACAGUUGAACCAUUUUGGAUGUAGAAGUACCUUUCACACCUAACCAGGUGUUCACUAAGACGGAGCCUCUGUUGUAGGAACUUGCUGUCCACAGUAGCUGCUACCUAAAGGAAAUGUUGUGUUUUGCCAGUAGGACACAGAUGAUUGGCUCCUAGGUCUUGUGCUUGGUGACCUCCUGCUUCUUCUUCCAAACAUGGCUCAUUGCAGAUACCGCCAUAUUGUUCUCUAAUGGGGAAUUUAGCUACAGGCCCUAACUAAAACUCACCUGAAAAUGGGGGCAGAUGGAGACCAUUGGUGGGGAUCUGGAAUGGAAUCUUCUCUUGUAUGAAAGAGGGUGAGAUGACCUUGGCAUCCCUUAUUAGGAAAGUGUAAUUUUUGGUGCUCAUUAGCAUGUCUGGCUCACAGUUUAGCAUUGUUAUAAACCGUUCCAUUCGAAAAGCACUUUGAAAAAUUGUUCCUGGGGGAUACAUGGGAUGGUUUAUGCACCUCAUACUGAAUCUUCCUUUCCCUCUUCUCUUUGGCCCCUUCCCUUCCUGCCCCCAGCCUGGUUACUAUUCACUUCUAGAAUCUGACAUGGUCUGGUACAUAGUUCUGGUGUCUCUACCAGGGCUAGGAGACAGCCCUUUCUGCUGACAUUCCCAUCAAAACAUUCCUCAGAAAAAUCCUGAAAACAAAACACCUGAAACCAUUUGGAUGGCGUAGAAGCGUCUGAGUUCCCAUCUAUAUACUUUUCCUUUGGAUGUGGAAAGAAAAGUUAUUGCUGGUACAAAGACAGACGGCUGAAAACAUCAGGGUGUGGCAUUUAGUUCCCUUUUCCGUUUUUUUUUUUUUAUUACUAAUUUUAUGGCAAAGUUGUAUUCAGUGUACUUGAAUUUUCUUUUCCUCUCCACUUCUUAGAGGCAUUCAGUUAGCAGAAGUUAGAGCCACAACUUUUUUUUUUUUUUUGCACAAUUGUAAUUGACAGGUA